ACAAGUUUAUUAGACGUUACGGUUUAAUAUCAGUGUCAUAUAAUGUCAUUCAGCGAUAUGUAGCUGGUGUGAGACUUUCGGGGCAUAUUUCAAUUUUUCAAGACGUUGUCUAAUGUGUGUGCUCUACACUGGGACUGCUGACAACAGGAUCGUUCUUCUUCGAGUCUCUGUGUUUCCAUCUGCUGCUAUGCGGUUAAUCUCCAGCUUGCGAGAAAUACAUUGACGAGCUUCUGUUCUGAUGCGCAGUACCCCUGGUCUCCCGCUACUGCGGUAUUUGGUUUUCGCAGUCCGCGAAUCUCGUUAAUUCAGUUAUGCUGGCUUCGGUUAUGCAUCGCCAUAUCUUUUCCGGCUGCAGCUCUUCAGUGUUUAGUUCCGCCUGGAAAUCACUGACGAUGAAUAAACAGAUUACCAACUGCGCGAGCAGACAUCAUGCCACCAAUUCGGUCCUGUAUCCGAUGUACUCGCGUCGGCAUGCUGGUUGCAGUUCAGUCAACCGUGCCUUUUCUCCAGCUCUUUCGUGUUCUCAUCGUCCGUUUUCAUCCUCAAGACAGAUGAUGACGUCGGAUGCAUUAGCACUGGCAAAUUCGUACAGCAGCCGUGUUUGGGAACGAAUUAAGGGAUUGAUUAAGAGCUUUAAAUUGAUAAAAUAUUCUCGAACGGAUUUGCAGUACGCCGGUAUGGUCAUGUACGGUUGCUGCACUGAUCCCUUAAACCAUUUGCAUUUCUUCGACGUGCUGGGCCUGCCGGAUACUUUCAAUUCCUGGUUCAAGAUAACGGAAUUGCAUGUAUGGAUGUGCGCUGUCCGGUUAAGUAUUGAGGCCUACGAUGGGAAAUAUUGCCGCAAUGAAAUAGUCAAGAACAUGUGGAAGGAUGUGGAGGUGCGCAGCAAGAGUCUUGGAGAAGCAGCAUCUGCGCUCAGAAAACAGCAGAUCAAGAUAUUAGCCGAGCAGUUCAGGGCGAAUCUGUUUGCUUAUGACGAGGGUUUGCUUUACGAUGAUAAAGUGCUUGCGGGAGCGCUCUGGAGGAAUUUUUUCGCAAUGCAGUGCGAAGAUCCCCGAAAAAUAGAGCUGUUGGUGCAUUACGUGCGAAAACAGAUUGAUAAUCUGGAAUGCCAAGACCGGCAUACCAUUUUAGCGAAUGGAAUUGUGAAAUGGAUCCCCAUCAAUGAAGUCAAAAGCUCAGAUCCCAAAACCUCGUCGUUCUAACAAUCAACAGUUGUGAUUUCAUUGUACGGUAUGUUAUGUUAUUACGGUAUGUUAUCAUGUUUGAAAUGUUUAGUGUAAGCAGUCAAUCCUGGGAUUUUUAAAUUGAUUGCAUUGAUUGCUCUUCUUAUCGUUUCAAGAUCGCUCUCGUACCGAGUAUGUUCAAUUUCACGACGAUAAAAUUCAUUGCAAUAAACCUAAAUACCCAACGAAAACAGUGCAAAAA